AUGGAUGCCGCGGCGAUCGCGCGCAUCCAUGUGGAGACCUGGCAGGCGACCUAUGCCGGACUGGUCCCCGACGGCUACCUCGCCGGCAUGGACCUCGCGCGCUACCAACGCUUCUGGCGCGAGCUAAUCGGACGGCGGGCGGCCGAGAAGGUGCUGGUCGCGCUGGACGACGGCGCGGAGGCGCAGGGCGACGAGACCGCCGCCGGCGAGAUCGUCGGCUUCGGCUCCUGCGGCCUGGUACGCGAGGCGGACAGCGCCCGCGCGCCCUUCCGCGGCGAGAUCUACACCCUUUACGUCCACACCGAUUUCCAGGACCGCGGCCACGGCCGCAGGCUCCUCGUCGCGCUGAUCGAGGAGCUGGCGGCCAAGGGCUUCACCGACGCCGGCCUGUGGAUGCUGAGCGGCAAUCCGACGCGCUUCUUCUACGAGCGCAUGGGCGGGCAGGCCGUGGCCGAGCGCGAGGAGCGCUUUGCCGGCAUUUGGCUGCCGGAGGUGGCCUACGCCUGGCCCGACCUGAUGUCCUGGCUGACGCAGGCGGGCCUGCGCGGCUUCUUCGAAUACCGCGAUCUGGGCAGCGCCGCGGCCAGCGCCGGCGGCGUCGGCGCCCAUGUCAUCCGCGCCCGCCCGGGCGGCGCGGCCAACCCGGUCUGGCACACCCACGAUCUGGCCUUCCAGAUGGUCUACGUGCUCCAGGGCUGGGUGGUCUUCGAGUACGAGGGCGUCGGCGAGGUGCGACUGGAGCCGGGCUCCUGCGUCCACCAGCCACCGGGCAUCCGCCACCGCGAGCUCGCCCACUCCGACGACCUGGAGAUGCUGGAGAUCACCCUGCCGGCGCGCCGCCGGCAUGAUGCCACCUCGCCAGACGCCACAGAAUCCGCUAUCACCCUGCCCAUGACCGACCGCGUACUCAUCCUCGACUUCGGCUCGCAGGUCACGCAGCUCAUCGCCCGGCGCGUGCGCGAGGCGGGAGUCUACUGCGAAAUCCUGCCCUUCAACAUCGACCCCGCCCGGCUGGAGAUCUUCGAUCCCAAGGCGGUGAUCCUCUCCGGCGGCCCGGCCAGCGUGACGGAUGCGACCACGCCGCGCGCGCCCGACGAGGUGUUUCACCUCGGCGUGCCGGUGCUGGGCAUCUGCUACGGCAUGCAGGCCAUGACCUCGCAGCUCGGCGGCGAGGUGGAGACCAGCGAUCACCAGGAGUUCGGCCGCGCCUUCCUGGAGAUCGCCGAGGACUGCCUGCUGUUCGACGGCCUGUGGCAGCAGGGCGAGCGUCACCAGGUCUGGAUGAGCCACGGCGACCGGGUGAUGCGCCUGGCCCCCGGCUUCGUCACCGUCGGCCGCAGCGAGGGGGCGCCCUGCGCGGCCAUCGCCGACGACCAGAAGCGCUACUACGGCGUGCAGUUCCACCCCGAGGUGCUGCACACCCCCGACGGUGCGCGCCUGCUGCACAACUUCGUGCGCAAGGUGGCCGGCUGCAGCGGCGACUGGACCAUGGCCGCCUUCAAGGAGCAGGCCAUCGCCGAGAUCCGCGAGCAGGUCGGCGACGGCAAGGUGAUCUGCGGCCUGUCGGGCGGCGUCGACUCCUCGGUGGCGGCG